AUGACCAGUGACUCUUUUUUUAUUCAAUCUCUAUUCUAUCAAGGUGCAUAUCAAGCAUGCUUGGAAUUGGUCAGACAAAACAGUUCCGGUCCACCAUCGGAUCCAACAUUUCAACAAAGGUUACUGUACGGUGCCAGAUCAGCAAUCGCAUCGAAUGAUACAUCUUCAGCAUUGGCUCUACUACCUUCUGGAAGUAUCAACACUCCUUCCGCACAAGCAGUUCGAGCAUUGGCAAACUUUGUAGCUGCACAAAAUGCAAACAACUCUGCAAAGAGUGAACAGGCAUUGGAAGAAUUACAAAAUGUCUUAGAUCAAGCAAUCUUUAACGAUCCUUCUGGUCAAACGAUAAGGGUGUGCAUCGGUACCGCUUUGGCACGCAAUAAUGAUCCUGUAGGUGCUUUGGAAGCAUUGGGAAUGGGACAAGCAAACAGUAAAGAGAUCGAAUGCAUCGCAUUGGGUAUCCAUAUCCUAUUGUCCAUUCAUCGUUUGGACUUGGCACAAAAGGAGUACAACGCAGCAAGAGUUUGGGCUGAUGAUUCCUUGUUGAUCCAAUUGAUUGAAGCACACAUUGGCAUCUAUGAAGGUGGAAGGGCAGCACAACAGGCAUACUAUGUAUACGAUGAAUUAGCACAAAAUCCAUCUUACGCCGGAAAGCCAAGUACAGUGCCUUCCUUGACAGGCAAAGCAGUCGCACGAAUUGUUUCAUCGGAAUACGAUGAUGCACAAUCUUCACUCACGCAAGCAACAGAAUUGGACCCAAAAUACGCCGACGCUUUGGCUAAUCAAGUCCCUUUGGCCACUUUGGGAAAGCAGACUGGUCAAAUGGAAGCAUUACAGGAAGCUUUGGCUCAACUACGUUCUGCUGCCCCACAACAUGCUCUUUUGCGGGACUUGAAGGAGAAAGAGAGAUUGUUCGAUGAAGCAUUUGUGCAACACAGAGAAGCAUUGAGCAAUGCAUAA